AUGCAUCUUCGUAUUUGUUUGAUAGUGUGUCUUGCUUUAUCGACUGUUUACAGUCGUAAUAUUAAAAAUUCGAAAAAAACAUCAUUAUCAGAGGAAUUUAUUUCUGGAAUAAAUACCGUUCAAUCAACAUGGAAAGCUGCACCAUCCAAAUUUAUGCCAUGGUCAAAAGAUGCAAUAAAACGAUUAAUGGGUGUUCUACCAGAGCAUUUUACGCAAGUAAAACAUCUUGAUCCACUUGUGCAUGAUAUACCGAAUGAUUUACCAGACAAUUUCGAUGCACGUGAUCAGUGGCCUAAUUGUCAAUCAAUUAAAGAAGUACGUGAUCAAGGAAGUUGUGGUAGCUGUUGGGCUUUUGGUGCAGUUGAAGCUAUGUCCGACCGUAUUUGCAUUGCAUCAAAAGGAGCACAGAGUGUGCAUAUUUCAGCAGAAGAUCUUGUUUCAUGUUGUCUAUUGUGUGGUGAAGGCUGUAAUGGAGGUUAUCCAGUAGCAGCUUGGAAUCAUUAUAGAUUUACUGGAUUAGUUUCGGGUGGUAAUUAUAAUACAAAACAAGGUUGUGAACCAUACACCCUUCCAUCCUGUGAUCAUCAUGUGAAUGGAACUCUUCCUCCCUGUCAAGGAGAAGAGCCAACUCCAAAAUGUACUCAUAAAUGUAUCGAUGGUUAUCCAACACCAUAUACACAAGAUAAGCAUCAUGGUGAAAGCGUUUAUUCAGUUCGAUCAAAUCAAGAACAAAUUCAAACAGAAAUUAUGACCAAUGGACCUGUUGAAGCAGCGUUCUCUGUCUAUGAAGAUUUUCUUGCUUACAAAUCAGGUGUUUAUAAAUAUACAGCUGGUGAUUUUCUUGGUGGUCAUGCUGUGAAGAUUCUUGGUUGGGGUGUAGAAAAUUCAACACCCUAUUGGAUUGUUGCUAAUUCAUGGAAUGAAGAUUGGGGUGAUAAAGGUUUCUUUAAAAUCCUUCGUGGUUCAGAUGAAUGUGGUAUCGAAAGCAGUAUUGUUGCUGGUGCACCAAAGCUUACUUAA